AUUAAAUUUGUUGCGUGAAGAAAUCUUUGGAAAGUGCUAUGCCUUAUAUGAUCAUCCCACAUACAAACGCACUCGCCAUUCGUGGUAGGCCCACACUGAAAGAUGUAGAGCUUUUUCGGAACAGGUCGGUCCACGAAUCUCAUAGCUUGAAAGCUUACUAGCCAAAUUCAUACUAGUUCUCACGAGGUAACAAAUGAGCUAUAUAUUCGAGAACAAACCUCGAAAAAACUGCUAAAACUAUGACUAGUGACUCAACAGAAAACUAUGACGCUGAAAUGAACCACUCAGUUGUUGAAAUAACAGAAAAUCUCCUAGAGCAGAGCCUCGAAGGUGAAGCAAACGACAACAACAAGCAAAUCGCCAUAUUGGAUAAAGAAUAUAGUAAGCGAAACAACUUGAAAAGUAAAUAUCUAAGUUUAACUUUCUUGUUAAAUAUCCUGAUUCAUUUGUUUGUUUUUGCUGUAUUCAAUAGUCGUAAAAUACGAUUUGAUUUUGCACAAAUAACUAUUUGUGUUUAUAUCGUACAAGUGAUUGUGAACAUUGGUUUGUAUUACGUAUGGAGUCGCACGUGCUUAGUAGAAGACGUGGUAAAUACUCUUGGUGUCUGUAACAUACUAGAAAAAGUUAUCCAUUCUACAAAUGUACAUGAACAUAAUGAUGUUUYAGUGUCAAUAAAGGUACAAGAAUUCRGAUCUCGKUAUGCAAAGUAUGUAUUUCAUAAUUGUCAUGUCGAAUGUGAUAGYCAUGGCUCUAGACGCGAUCAUGAACCAAGCAGGGUACCAGUGAACAGAUUAAGACGUGUCUUUCAGAAAAACAGAAAACUAAGGAGUUAUGUAUGCAGAAAUGUAAUUAAAAACACGCCUAAGCCAUCGAAAGUUCAUUGUCUUAUUAAAAAUAUUGCAACGAAAAAGAGAAGUAUACAGUACAAACCAGGUAUCAGAUUUGUACAAAAAAUGAGAAGGAAACCAAUAUUUAGAAUAGGAAAACUUAACUCUUCAAUGAGAUAUGUUUACAAUUCCAGUACAGAUAAAUAUAGGGAUAAAUAUCUCAAAUACGUAAGGUGGUUUUCGUGUAAUUUUCCAUAUAGUGAGUAUAAGGGUUUAGAUCAUAAAAGCAACUGUGCAACUUACAAGCUUUUUAAUGAUAUAGAGAAAAACCCAGGUCCUGUCACCCACCAUGUUGAUGCAAGUAAAACAGUAAGUGCAGCAUAUAGUCAAGGGAAUGUUGUCAUAUAUUUGGAGAAAAUGCCGGGCAACAAUGUGUUGCAAUGA